AUUAGGAUUUGGAAAUACGCAUUUCACUACUUUAAAAACCACUAAAGCGCACAUUACAAAACCCUUGUAAAAAGCGCGCUUCUUUUAGUUAGAAAUUUAGACACAGAAAUGGGGAAGAAGAAGAAGAGAGCCGAAUUAGAGGCAGAACCACAUACCACAUCAGAAAAUCAUGAACCUCAAAAUGAGCUCGAUCUCUCCAACAACAAAAUGAAAAAGAAGAAGAAGAAGAAGAAGAGAGACCACCAAAACGACGACGCAUCAAACGAACUACCUACUGUCAGCAUAGCCGUGCCUGGUUCCAUCAUUGACAAUGCUCAGUCUGUCGAACUCGCCACCCGAUUGGCUAGUCAGAUUGCUCGUGCCGCCACGAUUUUCCGAAUUGAUGAGGUGGUGGUAUUUGAUAAUAAAAGCAACUUAGAGAAAGAUCCGGCUGUUAAUAAUUCGGAUGAAAAUGAAAGUGGGGCAGCUUUUCUUUUUAGAAUCUUACAGUAUCUCGAAACACCACAGUAUUUGAGAAAAGCUCUCUUUCCGAUGCAUAGCAGCCUAAGAUUUGUGGGUAUGCUACCCCCACUUGAUGCUCCACAUCAUUUGCGAAAACAUGAGUGGGCACCAUUCCGGGAGGGUGUCACACUAAAAGAAAGAGUGCCAAACUCUGGAGGAACACUAGUAGAUGUGGGUUUGAAUAAGAAUGUUCUCAUUGAUCAAGUACUCAAACCUGGAGUAAGAGUAACUGUAGCAUUGGGAACCAACCGCAAUUUGGAUUCUGAUUUUCCCCGCAAGGUUGUCCCAGCAUCCAAGCCGAAGGAAGAAACAGGAAUGUAUUGGGGGUAUAAAGUGCGAUAUGCUUCCAAUAUUAGUUCUGUAUUUAAGGACUGCUCAUAUAAGGGUGGCUAUGAUCAUCUGAUUGGUACCUCAGAGCAUGGUGAUACGGUUAAUUCAUCUGAACUUACAUUGCCAAAUUUCAGGCAUCUAUUGAUUGCUUUUGGUGGACUUGCUGGUUUAGAAGAGAGUAUUGAAGAAGAUGAUAACUUAAAGCAAAAAAAUGCUCGGGAGGUGUUUGACUCAUAUUUCAACACAUGUCCCCAUCAAGGAAGUCGAACAAUUCGAACAGAGGAAGCAAUUUUGAUCUCCCUUCAGUACUUCCAAGAACCAAUCAGUCGAGCAUUGCAGAGAGUUGAGUAUAGAAGUUAAGAUGAAGGUAAAUACAUAUCUGAGGUUUUCUUGCCAUUCUUGUCCUUAUCAGAGAAAGGAAGUCAUUAAUUCUUCAGAUUGUGGUGGGAGGACUGAGGGAGUUGAUUAUCAUUACGUUUUUGGGUAUUAAGAAUGUUGU